AUGAAAUACAUAGAGUUUCCUGAGUUAUCACGCCUCUCGCAGGCGCUUACACACGAGGGCCCCGAAUGCUCCGUGCAUACUCGCAUUGAAGCAUAUAGCUGCAAGAAUAUCAAACGCGACAAGAAACUAUUCAAGUCCCUCGAACACGCCUACAAUGAUGAACUCUCCCAUUCCCCACCAUUUCCUUCAUGGCUUGACCGCGAGCCUGAGCUCACCCCUUUUGGCCCUAUGGAUAAGCAAGCGUCCCGCAAGACCCUUUACCUUCUCAUAGCCACUCUCAACAUUGCCUUCCCUGACCAUGAAUUCUCAGAUGUGCGACCCGCCCACUUUAACAAGGAGAAGAAUGGCGCGAGCGUGCUUAAUUCACUCAGCACCACCCUUCUCUCUCCUCACCGUGCCGGCGUGAGUGCUCCACGCACGUACUCUGCCUAUCCUCCCACGUCCUCCACUUUCUUCCCUUCUUCUGUGCCAACCACCUCUUCGUCACCUCUACACCACAUGGUGUCGAGCCCUCACGCACCUCCGCAGAUAGUUUCUGGUACACACCCAACAUUGUAUCGCAUAGUGGAUGAGGUCAUUGGUCUGGCAGAUUGUCAAGUCUUCUCAUAUUCCCCAGAUAUCGACUCUGACCCCCAUGCCAACGACUCUGACGACGAAGAUGAUGUCGCAUCUGUUGCUGAUGAGGACUCGUCCGACGACCCAGACGAUGAACCCACUUUUGAGUUUGAUGACUAUGACGUCGACGACUUCUUCCCAGAUCCUAGCAGCUUGCGACCCACUUCCGUGUCCCUCCGACACCGAAUACCCUUCCGGCACAACAGCGGGAGCACCAGUAGUGGUGAAUCGCCCGAGCGGAGUACCUUUGCCCAUCUGAAACGAAUAUUAUUCAUCUCCGUCUGGGCGCACACGAAGAACGCGCAAAUGAGAUGGGAUGACGAAGAGUGGUCCGGGAUAGGAAUGGACAGUGAAAGCUACAGUAACGCUGGCUCUGCACCGAAGAAUGAACGCUUCUUUGGAUGGGAAGGUGGUGUCGGGGCAGGAGCCCGUGCGAUGGGUCUCAGCUCAUCUUUUUGA